UUAAACUACACACCAUAUUUGCCAAGAGCAGUUGUGGAAAAUGCCAUCGAGAGAGCCUUUAAAGUCUGGAGUGAUGUGACACCACUAACAUUUGAAAGGGUCUUUGAAGAGGAAGGAGAUAUUGUGUUCUCCUUCCACAGAGGAGACCAUGGUGACAACAACCCAUUUGAUGGACCUAACUAUGGACUUGCUCACACUUUCCCUCCAGGCCCACGUUUGGGAGGUGAUGUUCAUUAUGAUCUUGAUGAGACAUGGACUGACAACAGUGAGAAUUUCAACUUGUUCUAUGUUACGGCUCAUGAACUGGGCCACUCCCUUGGACUUACUCAUUCUAGAGAUAUAGGAGCACUAAUGUUCCCCAGCUACACAUGGUACACUGAAGACUUUGUGCUAAACCAGGACGAUAUUAAUCGCAUCCAGGCUUUAUAUGGCCCUUCACCAAAUCCCAUCCAGCCAACAGGUGCAACAACACCACAUCCAUGUGAUAGUCAUCUAACCUUUGAUGCUAUAACUACAUUUAGGGGAGAGGUGAUGUUCUUUAAAGGCAGGUAA